UCUCUUCUAUGGACCAGUGAGUGAUAAACGUCCGUGAAAACAGUUUCGUCUCCUCGAAAACAACAAUACACGAAUUUGUUGUUAUUCGCCAAAUUUGAACGGUUCCGUUCGGCAAGUGCGGGUUUUUCGGCCCGUCCUCCUCAGCAGGCGGGUUUUCGACGGAUUUCCUCAUCCGCGGCUCUCAUCCCCCGUGGAGGAGUCGCUCGCUUUUCGCCUUUUCCUCGAGGACACUUCCGUCUCACCCUGGAAGGAUUCGGGAUUUUCGAUCAGCAGCAGAUGCAAGGGGAGCUGCGAUGAUGAGAUGAAUGCGUGGUCGUUUGUCAUACUGUCUUUAGCCGUUGUUUGGUCAGUUGGAAGCCUUCUACCUUGUGACAAGACAAGGCGUGUACUCACACAGCCGUGGGGCAUCAUCUCCGAUGGACCUCCAAACCACAACUACACCCAGGGAUCCCAUUGCCAAUGGCUUAUCAAAGCAAAUAGCACAGAGCAGUUUAUAACUCUACGCUUUCAUUCUCUGGCAACGGAAUGCGCUUAUGAUUAUGUCUUUGUGUACGAUGGGGACUCAUUUGAGUCCCCAAUGCUCGGUAGUUUCAGCGGGAAAACCGAACCGCAGGAAGUCAUCUCGACUUCUGGCUUUAUGCUUAUACUGCUGUACAGCGACACAAAUUAUGUACUUGAUGGGUUCACAGCCGAGUAUUCGAUAACGGAAUGCCCGAAGAAUUGUUCGGGACAUGGCGUCUGUGUCGCCCACAGGUGCAUAUGCGAAGGUGAUUUUGGUGGUGUUGACUGCACCGAACCUGUGUGCAACGGCUGCACGGAAGAUGUAGGGAAGUGUCACGAAGGAAUGUGCAAAUGCCAUGAUGGCCGAUCAGGAUAUACUUGCUCUCUCAAUAUUAAUGAUACCAUUGGAAACAGAUGGCACAAACUGUAUUCAGGAGGACUUAGUCCUAGGGCAGCACAUAGUGCUGCAUAUGUGAAAUCGACUGAUUCUUUGUACGUUUUUGGAGGCUAUGAUCUCAACGCAGUUCUUGGUGAUCUUUUAGUAUUUAGAUUCAAUACUAGUCAGUGGGAAGACGACCAGGGAAAUAUUUUCAGUAGUCUCAUGCUUCCUGCCAGUCAUUUGGAAUCAAAGGUUUUGAAAGCUGUCCUUGCCAAGGUUGGUGAGGAAAAAUGGGGUGUGAAGCCACAAACGUUCCUCCAGGCGGCUCUCUUGACACUCAACGAUAGCAAAACAUUUGCAAAGCAUUCACACCAUGAAUCUGGAAAGCAUAAUUCAAGAGUGAGAAGGGAUGUUGAAGAGGAUGAGGAUGAAGAGGAAGGUGAAACCAUGGCCAGACCCUCUGCUAGAUAUGCACAUGCUGCUGCUGCAUAUGCAGAUGGAUUUGCCCUUUAUGGUGGACGGCUUGACAAAGGUGUUUUGUCAGACGAACUCUGGUAUUAUAAUAUAACUACAAGACAUUGGAGUUUACGAGCUGUUACUUCAAAUCACCGGCCUCCGCCUUUGGCCAGGCAUACGUUGACGUUGACGCCUUCCGGCUGGCUAUAUCUUCUUGGUGGGAGCCUUCCCGAUGGGCUUUUUUCAUCUCAGCUUUGGAGGAUAAAACUUGCCCCUGAGGGUGGGGAUGAAGAGCAAUGGGAAUUGGUAAGAUCGCAUUCUGGGAAAGAGUUAGAUCUGAGGCUAGUUGGGCACACAACAGUUUAUUAUUCAAUCGGUGGGCCAAAUUCAAUUCAGGAAGGCUAUCUUUUGGUUUACGGAGGCAUUGCAGCGACGGUGGCUAGGUUCUCGAAGCUUUCUGAUAGAAUGUAUUCAUUCCACCUGGACACUCAAACUUGGGCGCAGAUCAACUACCCACGCGGAGCAUCACGAGAUACAUCAGUGCCAGCGGAAAGGGCGUUCCAUACAUCUUCUAUAAUCGGUAAUUACAUGGCAGUAUUUGGUGGUUACACUCACAGGCACAACAAGGAAGAAAUUUGCUAUGACAAUCAGCUCUUUCUUUAUCACCUCGGUUGCCACACUUGGGUCAGCCAUGAAAUCCUUGGAUCACCCUCACAAAAGUCAAAAUAUCCCAAAAAGCAGGGAGUUUUUUCACACGCAGCGGCUGUUAGAAAUGGAAAUACAUUACUGCUUAUCGGGGGAUACCAUGGAAAUGUAAAUGCUGACCUCCUGGCUUUCAUUUUUCCACCGACUCUAGCAAGUAGAGGCAAUGAGAUCCAUGAAUCUGAAGCCAUGUGUGCAAGGCACCGUGGACUUUCGGAAUGCACCUCUGACCCAGAGUGCGGCUGGUGUUCGGCCGACGAGGUCUGUUACGGGCGCACGCUAGGUGUCAACUGCACUACGAACCUGCAGACGACACGCUGCCCUGGGAUUUGCCCGGCUCUUUCACAUUGUCAUGCCUGUUUACUUCAAGGCGGAGGAGGGAUGGCUCAGCCCGAAGGAAAAACAAUAUCAUCAGUUGUUCAAAAACUAGCACUCUUCCAGUGUACAUGGUGCAUACAUAAUGCAAAAUGCCAUCAUAUCCACGAUAAUUUUGGAGUUUGUGGAAUAAGAGAGGAUACACCUUCUCAAGGAGCGGGCUGGUGGGGUGACAAGGGCGUUGAAGUGACGCAUCCGCGAGAUUGCAAGGCACUCGACAAGCGUCCAGGGCUCACUUUUACCAUUUACAAACAUCCCGCUAACAUUUCCCAACCUGAUUAUGUGAGCAUUCUAAACGCCACUUUGGUGGAAUUCAGCCUGGGGUCUGGUACUAUCUCGAGGACUGAACAGAACCUAGGUGGUGUUGUUACAGCCAGGCUCAGGGGUUUUUUGCGCUCUCCACCAACUUGGGAACAGUCUCAAGAACAGCUUAGAAUGUGUAUUUCAUACUCGGUAGCUUCCUUGUCCCUUGGAUUUGAAUCCUCAAAAACAGAGGUAGUUGGAAACAUGUCCAGCGAAAAUACUCUAUGCAGAUUAGUGCAUUGGCCAAACAAUGGUGAUCCGGUGAUACUUCGACCUGGGAGGUACCCAGUCGAUUUUCAAUCACAGAAAGCCGUCAAUUCAAACCAUGCUUUGUCAAAUAUGGAACUACAGCAUAACAAGAGCCAGGAAAAUCCAAAGGUUUUUACAUUUGAAUAUUUAGAGCCACAUGAAGAUUCAGUUGACUGUAUUACAUACACAAACUGCUUAGCUUGCAUGACUGAUUCAAAAUGUGGCUGGUGCCCGCUAACAGGGAGCUGUCUCAGCAGGAAGGUCAAUGAAACAAAGGAAUGCAGUUCUGGAGGUCACUGGCACUACCUCAAUCUAGACCCGGUCGCGUGCAACAACUGCUCGAACUACAUCACCUGCAACAGCUGCAUAAUGAGCGGUCUGUGUGAAUGGUGGGCCGAUGAUGCACGAUGCUACAGGAAAGGAAGGUCGAGUACGGGGAUUACGAAGGUAGAUCAGUGCCCUUUACUUUGUCAUGGUAGAGCAAAUUGUUCGCAGUGUCUCGAUGGGAAUGGAAAAUGUGUUUGGUGUCAAGCUACUCAGGAAUGUUUUUCAUUUGCUGUGUACACAUCCCAAUACCAAUUCGGAUUAUGUCGUGAAUGGUCUGAUAGCAACAGUAUGAACAGUGGACAGUGGCUUUCUUCAUCUGUCGCCACGAUUCCACAAGCCUGCCAACCAUGCUCGACCAAGGUCAAUUGCUCAACCUGCCUUAAGUCAUUGGGCUGCGGGUGGUGUUACAACGUCGACAACCCUAUUCAGGGCGUCUGCGCUCCUGGCGAUUUCUCCACUCCACAUGUUGAUAAUUGUAGUAAUGAAGUAAAUGCACGUCACCACACUUCACUGUAUCCGGAUGAAGCCGCAUGGUCUUAUGCCCAAUGUCCCGAUGUGGACGAGUGUGGGCUAGGUCUUCAUGAUUGCCACGCACAGGCCAAAUGCACGAACACGCAUGGCUCUUACAACUGUCAGUGCAAGAGAGGCUAUGUAGGAGAUGGAAAAGUCUCUUGUACAAAAACGUGUUACAAUGAUUGCGUCCAUGGGUAUUGUUCAAACCAUCCGGAUUAUGUCUGUCAGUGCAAUCUGGGCUGGACUGGGCAAGACUGUUCGGUCAACUGUGGAUGCAACAAUCAUUCAACGUGCACACAAGGAGUUAACAUUUGCGAUUCUUGCCAGGAUUGGACUACCGGUGAAUUCUGCCAGUUUUGCAAGCCUGGCAGUUAUGGAAAUGCAACAUCGCCAGAAGGGUGCAAGAGGUGCAAUUGUAACGAGCACGGCAAUAAGGAGCUCGGUGUCUGCGAUGCCAACACGGGCCUGUGCGUCUGUCAGGACAAUACAGAAGGUGCAACUUGCGACAAGUGUAAAAAAGGCUAUUACGGUGAUCCCAGACGAGGUGGUACCUGUUAUUAUCAGUGCAUGUCCCGUGGUAUGGUGAGUUCGAUUAAGACGCAAGGCCUCGGCAGUCGGCUUGCAGAAUUGUCAGUCUGGGAAUCGAGGCAGGGGCCUCCACCGACACGCGAGUGCUUGUGGAUCGUCAGCCCCAACAGCCUCAAUCAAUCGCAAUCAGUGAACAGCAUCAUUCAACUGGAGAUAGACAGAGAUAUCGAAGUUGGCUGUACUGAGAACAGCGUUUACAUCUAUGACGGCCUUCCAAAAUUUGUAUCAUCGUCUGGCAACCAUCAAAGUCAUGUUCUCGGCGUGUUCUGCACGCAAGACAGCCAGUAUCCAGUGACUGUUCAAGCAAAAUCAGGUGUUAUGACUGUCCACUACAAAUCUGGUGGAGAUUCGAGGGGAGGUUUUAACGCUACCGUAUCUGUACUUUCAUGCCCUGAUCAUUGCCUUCCUGAAAGAAUUUGUGUGAAAGGUUCUUGCGUAUGCCCGGAAGGCCGGACUGGGCAUGACUGCAAGGACAUUCUCUGCCCGAACAACUGUUCAUCUGAUUUGAACAGGGGUGUCUGUGACAAGGGGUAUGGGAGGUGUCUUUGCUCGGAAGGCUGGGGAGGAGUGAACUGUUCCAAGCCUUUGAAUUCGUCGAACCAGAUUAUAUUCACGGAGCUUUUUAAUUCUGCCCACCUUUCUGACAGUCUAGAACAUUUGAGGAAAAUGCUGCCCAGGUUCGGCCACUCGUUGCUGGCGGACAGGAGGAAUUCGCUUUGGCUUUUCGGCGGUUACUCGCUUUCUCACGGUCCUUUGAAUGACAUACGUCUGUUCGAUACAAAAAACAAUACUUGGAUGCAGGUGACAAUAGAUUCUACGAACGAUGCGAACAUGCCUCGUGGCAGAUAUUUCCAUGCUGCUGAGAUAUCCCUUUCAAGGAGGGAAAUAUUUAUCCAUGGAGGGUUAACAGCUGCUGCUGCUGGAGGUGGCGAACAGACACCGUCCGGUGGUGAGCAAGCGCUGAGACAGAAUACAACCUUAAAUGAUUUUUGGAAAUUUAGUCUUAAAAAUCAACACUGGGUUGGAAUCGAGACCAGUGAAAAACCACCGGGGUUAGCAGGCCACACUUUAACUUUGAGAAGGCACGGCGAUUCAGAAUCUCUUGUCCUGAUCGGAGGUUGCAGCCCCAAUUUUGGAUUUUUAGAUAGCGUCUGGGAAUACGACCCAAAGGAAAAUAAUUGGCAUAAGAUUAAAACCUUAGGCUACCGUCCAAUUGGAAUUUACGGUCACAGUACUGUGUAUCACGAGCCUACACAGAGUUUUUACAUAUUCGGCGGUUACAUUUACGGCUCAAAUCGAACGUUCAUAUCAGAUAAAUUGUUUGCUUUUCACUAUCCGAGCAGUACAUGGACAGCGCUGCCUACUUUUUCCAGUUACAACCCUCCAAGACUCAAUUUGCCCAGAGCAAGAUUUCUUCACUCUGCCGUUACCACUGAUGAGUACAUGUUGGUUUUUGGCGGAAGGACAGAUCCAGAGGCGAGCUCAGAAACCCUUAUAGCAUAUUCGUAUGCUUGCAACCUCUGGUACAAACUCUAUUUAAAAGGAAUGAACGUUGUUGGAAAUAUGCCACCUGACACUUACGCUCAUUCCAUGACUCUCGACAUCGAUGCCACUUCAGGAAGUAAGAAGGUAGUCGCAUAUAUAAUGGGAGGGUUUACAGGCGGUACUGACAGCCAUGUGACAAAAAUUUCUCUCCCUAAUGAUUUAUGCUCUGUUUGGUCUACUAAAGAAAAAUGCAGGCUCUUCCUCGGUUGCACUUACUGCUCGAUAUCGAACAACGGCACGGUGAAUUCCAGUUUCUGCUACAAAGCGGUCAAUGUCAGCAACUCGUUAGGAAACAUGAACGGCCCCUGUGGGAAGAACAGCCAGACAAUGGGGACGACCACGCUAUCCAAUGGCGCAGCCUGCGGCACCGACUGGAUUCAAAGCAGGUCCUGCGAGCAGUUCUCAACUUGCACAGAUUGUGUGGCCAAGUGGCCUAUCACCUGGGACAGGCCUCAGGUUUGUAAGUGGUGUCCUAGAUGUAGAGACGGCGGGAAAUGCAUCCCAGUGAGUACAGAAUGCAAGGAAGAGCGGUGUGAAAGAAAAAACAUGAGUGAAAUAACAAUUGACACAUACUGUCCUGAAAUGGCUUGCUCUGCGUCUGACUGUGAAAAAUGCAGAUCCAUGGCUGGUUGCUCUUGGACAAGACAAAAGACAAGUGAUGAUAUGUCAGGAUCAUUAGAGCUGAUGCACGAUUGGUCUUGCACUGAUGCCAGCUCCAACAGUAGUCGGAUUAAAAAUGAAGCCACUUGUCCGAAAAGAUGUUCACAAUAUACAGACUGCCAUUCGUGUCUACAGUCAUCGGGAGGAGAAGGGAAUUAUGGCGAGUGCAGGUGGUCGACGAGGCUCUCCGAAUGUAUUUCACCAAGCUACCAGAGCCUGGUUUGUGCCGGAGGCGUGUGCGGCCUGGUUCUGAGCAAGGGCUCCCACUGCCCACAGCCGUGUGCGACAUUCAAUCAAUGCUCGGAAUGCCUCAGCCAUGCUCAUUGCGGAUGGUGUUCUUUAGAAUCAGCUAAAUCUUCAGGACUGGGCGUUUGUUCAGAAGGGUCUUUAGACCAACCUGCCCUCGGUCCAGAAAUGGGCACAUGCGAAGCGCUUUAUUCUACAAAAAUGAACACGACAGUUUCCACGAAUGAUAUGAAGUUCUCUUGGAAUUAUGUUAAGUGUCCGUAUGAAAACGAGUGUGAAAAUGGCCACCACAACUGUGACAAAGUUUCUGAGAGCUGUGUCGACCUUCUUGUUGGAUAUCAGUGUGUUUGCGGACCAGGAUACAAACCAAGCGGUGAACCCCACAAAGGCGACUGCAUACCCGUCUGCUCACAAGGCUGUGUCAGAGGUCGUUGCACUUCACCCGAUAUGUGCACUUGCGACUUUGGAUACGUAGGCGCAAACUGCUCCAUCCAAUGCCAGUGUAACGGGCACUCGCAUUGCGCUGGGCCGGACAAGCUAGACGAGUGUCUUGAAUGCAAAAAUAACACACAGGGGCCAACUUGUGGAAGGUGCAAACCAUUGUUUGUCGGCGACCCGAGCGACAACGGAGAGUGCAUCCCUUGUUCGACUUAUUGCAACGAACACACCCACAUCUGUGUCAACGAGACCCUCGGCAUUGACGCCGAAUUCCUUCUAGGCAAAUCGAUCGAGGAGUUGGAACAGUUCCUCGCCGAAGGCCCUUUGUCAAAGGCCAAAUGCGUCGGCUGCGCCAACCGUACAACUGGCGACAAGUGCGAGGAAUGCAUAACCGGGAACUUCCGAGGUAGCGAGGACCACAAAGUAGCCUGCAGGCCCUGUGAAUGCCAUGGCCACGGCUCCACCUGUAAUGCCGUCACUGGCGAAGGUUGUGACUGUCAUAAUAAUACGGAAAGCGAUCCUACAUGUUCCGGAAAGAGCCAUUCUUGCUGGGAAGUUCAAUGUUCAAAGUGUAAAGAAUCAUACAUGGGCAUUCCGACUGAGGGGCACCAGUGCUACAAACAAAUGACUUUUGAUUUGACAUUCAGCCUCGGAGCUAAACUCGUCGAUGAUUCCGGCGUUAAAACCGUCCCUCUCAAUCCCGGACAAGCCUCAUUCUUUGCUGUUCAGCCGAGGUUUAUGAAUGUUGAUAUUCGUAUAACAGUGGAUGUCACCCAAGGUAGUCUUGAUUUGUAUCUAAGCCCUAAGGACGAUGCCUUUGUUGUGGAACUCAAUACUUCAACAUAUGCCCACAUGAUAAAACUAGAUCAGAGGUUUUUAUUUGGCAGUGAAAGUUUAUUUGAGAAAACCGGCCCAGCACCACCAAAUUUGAAACACCGCCCAACAGUUAAUUUAAUUGAAAAAUUAUCAGAAGGGCUGAGUGCUCACAUAACCGUAAAACACAACAAUUCGUUGCUCAUUGUGAGAAACAUAACAGAUAGGCUGGUCAUAACGUUACCUUAUGAGACUCAUUCUUUAAACCAGGCCAAGUUCUAUAUGGUUCUACUUGCGGUGAACAAGCCGACGUAUGGUACUGUGUUUUUCCGACAGGAUCAGCUUCAUAUCGACCUUUUUGUAUUCUUCUCUGUCUUCUUCUCCUGCUUCUUUCUUUUCCUGGCGGCUUGCGUCGUUGCAUGGAAGGCGAAGCAGGCGACUGACAUGCGGAGGGCGAGGAGGCGACAUGUCGUUGAAAUGCUGCAUAUGGCUAAAAGGCCGUUUGCCGGGGUUAGUGUCCUCGUCGAGCCCUCUUCAUCCUCAGAUUUCAGUCUCAGGCCUGUAGCGAUAGAACCGACGGGCGAUUCGUUGGCGGCGGUUACAACCGUCUUUGUCACAUUGCCCGGAGGUGGCUAUGCCCCCUCUAGGCUUGCCAUUGCCUCUGCGCUCGUCCUGCUCAACCGAGGCCACAGUCACGGUAGGGCAUUCCUCCGUAGAAGAAGCAGCCAUUCCUAGCUAUUAUUUUUCAACAUAAGGUCUUAUUUUCAACUUCACCUUCAUUAUAAGGUAAUAUUUUUAAUAUUUAAUAAUACAACGACAAUAUUUUAAACAAAAAUGUGUCAAAAAAAGCCAAA